AUGGGAGACGCCAAUGAGGCCCAGUUCAACGCUGUCGUGGACAGCUUUGGUGAUGGCAAUGUGGAGUAUUUGAUGCGCUUUUGUCACAUGAUCACGAAGCUGUACGAGCACGGCAAAACGAUGACACCGGCAAAAUUAGCCUUGGUUGCCGCUGAUGUAUAUAACAUGCACUAUGCAGUAUCCGAAUCGCUGUUUCGCGCUCUAAAGACUAUGGCUUGGUUGAUAGGCACUUUUACGAAGUGGAAGUGCUAUCGAACACCAUCGGCGAUUGCUACAACAAACAACCCUGUCGAGACGUUCAAGGAUACUCGUAAGAAGUUUGCCCGUUGCUGCACGCCCGAGAACUUCUUCGGCGUCAAAUUUGCUGAGCUAGCAAAAUCCACAGCCAAACUGCGGUGGCGGGCAACCGAGAUGCGGAGAAUGAAACUUAUCGAGAAGAUGGCCACGCUACCCGGGUCGUAUGAAGAAUCAGACGAGUCAGACUACGUGCUUGUGUGUGUACACCCAACACCUCGCAUUUACGUGCGGCCGCAGAAGCAAACUAUGGAAGUUAUUGAGGUAUGUGCGCAGAUGGGCCUUAACAAUGCCAGGGUGGAACGAGAUGGCCAACCAGAGGCUGGCUGGGCUGUGAAUGUCCGCGAUCGUACGUGCCCAUGCAAGUACUUCUUCAAACAUGGCGAGUGUGUCCACUUGUACUUUGCUUUUGUUAACCGAAGCCAAAGAAAUCGAAAAAGAGGCCUUGCUGAAGACAUCCAUGAUACCAUCGUAGCGCAGCAAUCCUCUCGAGGGCGUCCGAUUCUGAAUGGACCAGCGCUUUCGCUGGUGUAA